GUUUCACUUAUAAAUUGCUUACCAAUCUUUCCUUUUGCUCUCUGUAUCUGAAUCUACACAUCCCCUGACCUCUCUCUCUCUCUCUCUCUAUUUUAAUAUAUACAAGUGUUGUCAAUGGCGUCUUUAAGCAGGUUCACCAAGAGAAGUUCCUGCUCUUUUUUGAAUAGAAGUAGAUUAUUUUCAAGUAGCAGCGCUUUAGUGGAUUCUCCUUCACUUGCACAAAGACUCAGAGAUCUGCCCAAAGAUCUUCCUGGAACCAACAUCAAGAAAGAAGUUUCUCAGCUCAUUGGAAGAACUCCCCUUGUAUAUCUUAAUAAAGUAACUGAAGGCUGUGGUGCUUAUGUAGCUGUUAAACAAGAGAUGAUGCAGCCUACUGCUAGCAUCAAAGACAGACCAGCAUUCGCGAUGAUCAAGGACGCAGAAAAGAAAGGCUUGAUCACGCCUGGACAAACAACAUUGAUCGAGCCCACAUCGGGAAACAUGGGGAUCAGCAUGGCAUUUAUGGCAGCCAUGAAAGGAUACAAAAUGGUACUGACAAUGCCCUCGUACACGAGCUUGGAACGAAGGGUGACAAUGAGGGCAUUUGGAGCUGAACUAAUCCUCACCGAUCCUACCAAGGGAAUGGGUGGUACAGUUAAGAAAGCUUAUGAACUUCUCGAAUCCACUCCAAAUGCUUUCAUGCUUCAGCAAUUUUCAAAUCCUGCCAAUACUCAGGUGCAUUUUGAGACCACUGGUCCUGAAAUAUGGGAGGAUACUAAUGGUCAAGUCGACAUUUUCAUUAUGGGAAUCGGAAGUGGAGGCACGGUCUCAGGUGUUGGACAAUACCUGAAGUCCAAAAAUCCCAAUGUCAUGAUUUAUGGACUUGAACCCGAAGAAAGCAAUGUACUCAAUGGUGGUAAACCAGGUCCUCACCAUAUUACUGGCAACGGGGUAGGAUUCAAACCAGAUAUACUUGAUAUGGAUGUAAUGGAAGAAGUUCUUAUGGUAUCUAGUGAAGAUGCUGUGAACAUGGCUAGACAGUUAGCACUAAAAGAAGGGCUCAUGGUUGGAAUAUCAUCAGGAGCUAAUACUGUUGCAGCUCUUAGACUUGCUAAAAGGCCAGAAAACAAAGGCAAACUAAUUGUGACUGUACAUCCGAGCUUUGGCGAACGUUACUUGUCGUCUGUUCUGUUUCAAGAGCUUAGGAAAGAAGCUGAGAAUAUGCAGCCUGUUUCAGUUGAUUAAGGCAUGUAGUUGUUGAGCUUUGUGAGUUGUGUGGAACAAUAUUUACUCGUAAAAGGAGAUAAUGAAGUGAUUCUCAUAUAGAGAAUUGUAUCAAUUUUUAUGUUCUUCAAUCUUAAUUAUAAUCAGAUAUAUGCUUGUUGGUA